AUGAUCCGCAACGCUCUCAUGCUGGCUGCAUUAGCAGUCAGUGCCGUUGCUGGGCCUUGCAAACCUGGCCAUACUUCGUCCGAUCUUGUGUCGACUAAGACCGCGUCUACUGAUCUACCAACCACUACUACUUCUCUGGGCGAUAUUAUAAUCACCAACAGCUUAGCCAACGGUAGAUUUGCUAAUGGUAUCGACGGCUUUGAUUCCGAAGGCGAGGCCAACCACCAGCAGGGAGGAUGUUUCAAGGAUGACGGCAGCCCUGAUAAUGGUUGCGCUUCCCUCAAAGCAGUUGGAGACUCCAAGAAACGAUUCCUGGGUUCAUUCGCGGGCAUCUCGCAGCUUCUCGAGUCUCUGCAACCAAGUAACACUGUCCUCUAUACCGUCCAGUUUUACUACGCCGUCAUUACCGUUGGAGGAGCCCAGACGUGCACUGUGAGUGCCUCCCUCAGUAACAGACAGUUCUACUCUAUGGGUCUGUUCAGUACUGGCCUAAGCAUCUCGUGGAACAGAGUCCUCACAUCAGUUGUUGCUGAUUCUCGAAAUGCGAAUUUCGGCAUUUCUAUGACGUGUACGGGUAAUGGACAAGCGCUGAUAUAUAUUGACUCGGUGUUUGUGUCCAACCAAGUAACGCCACAGAACAUCGAUCAGUUCAAGCUGGACUUUGACGCUUCUUCGCCUGGACCUCAACCUUCAAGCGAAAUAACCUCAACUUCCACAGUCUUGACCAAAUCUUCCGAAGGACCUGGAUCUUCAUCUACAUGGCUUCCCAAGCCGGACACGAGUAGUGAAGAAUCGGAACAUUCAACGCCAACUCCUAUUGGAACGAAGUCUUGGUUGCCUGGACCUAAUACCUCCAGUGGGACGCCUCUGCGAACUCCAUCAUCCUGGCUUCCCGGACUAGACACAACCAGUGAAGCUUCGACGCCCGUGCGGACUCCCUCGCCUUGGCUUCCAACUGCGGAUACAUCCACGUUUUCCACACCCUCUCAUACUCCAACCUCUUUGUUUCCUCAACCCGAUACAACAAGUGAGAUAUCAACGCCAUCUCUCACAACUACGACAAAGGAAGCCCUCACUACUACCUCUCACACCACUUCUGAGUCUGAGACGCCAACUGAGGUUUGCAAGUACACUCAUGGUGAGGAGUGCGAGUUUGACAGGUUCAAUUACCCCCAGGACGCCCUAUGUGCUUACGGCGCUUACUUUACUGGCCCAACAUGGACAGAGUCCCGUACCAACUAUCCCCACCAAGACAAUGCCUAUCAGUGUAUCGCUAUCUGUAAGAGCAUAGAGAACUGUCAGUCUGUGGGCUACUGGCAACUCGAGAACCGUUGUAUCUUCACAAAUGUCAGGAUUAAGGAAUCCGAUUUUACCAACUUUAACACUCCAGGUGGGAGCUGGCAGCAUUCAUACUGGGUCGAUAAGCGUUGUUAUAAAUGCCCAGACUGCAUUGCAGCUUCGGUUCCGAAUACACCGCCUGAGAGAUGUUCUUACAAACCAGGAGAUGCUUGCUCUCGCAAAGACGCUCCACAGGGGACCGUCUGCGGACUUAAUGCCUACAUGGGUGGUGGAUACUGGACAGGAGAUCAAUGGAUUGACCAAUAUCCACGCCAGGACUCUGCUGGGGCCUGUGCCGCUAUUUGUGAAGCGAUCAGGGACUGUAAGGGCUCGGCCUACAAAGACGGACGUUGUAGAUUCUCUGCUUUCAAGCUCUCUACGACGGAUGGCCCUAUUCCUCUCGAUACAACGAGGGACGCUUCAAUGAACUGGCCCUGGGAUGAUCCAUCGUGCUAUACCUGCCCUGGAUGCACUGAGUAG